AUGGCCAAUAGUAUACACAACUCAAAUAUUGACGCUAUGCAGCAUGAAGUCAAUGAAAUUAUUGGUGUUUACAUACGUAUACAGCGGGUGUGUCAGCAAUUUGGUAGAAUUUAUGGCAAGCAACUGCUGCUUAGCAUCACUGGCAUUGCUGGUUAUAACAUUUUAACUCUAUUUAUAUUGGUCUUCAUUUGGAAUUACAUAAUAAUUUCCUGGGGCCUUGUCGUUGCUUUUUUCUUAGUAACAAUAAAUACAAUCGAUUUUUGGCUGGUCAUCGCUGCUUGUGAAUUAAUGGUGCAAACUACGCGUGAAAUGGCGCAAUUGCUGAGAUGCUUUAAUAAUUUUGCGCAAUUAAAAGUGGAAUUUGAGCGAGAACUGGAAAUUUUUGCGUUGGUUUGCGCUACCAACUCCCCAAAUUUUCGCUUAUGUGGUUUGGUAGAUUUGAAUUAUUCAACUGGUGUAAAAAUUGUGUUGACCAUGAUUUUAUAUAUAAUUUAUUUGGUGCAAUUAUAUUAU